AUGUCUUUGACUGCCGAUCCACCAGCAUGCACCGUCCCAGCCGCCGGAGGUGCUUCUACCCACAAACUUGUCAACGGAGGAGCCGAUAAGCUCAUCUUCAAGAUCAAGUCGUCGAACAACAACGAAUACCGUAUCACACCAGUGUUCGGAUUCAUCGAUCCAUCUGGAUCCAAGGACAUCACCAUCACUCGUACUGCUGGAGCACCAAAAGAGGAUAAACUCGUCAUCCACUUCGCUAAUGCACCAGCAGAUGCUACUGAUGCUCAGGCUGCGUUCGCCUCUGUCACUCCAGCUGGAACCGUCACCAUUCCAAUGUCGGCCACAGCCUAA